AAAAAGGUGCUGCAACCGGAAUCCAACCCAAAGGUUUCGAAAGGUCGUGACGACUGCACCAUGGCGACGUUGGAGCUCGAACAUGUCGUGGGGUACACGGGCCGCGGCAAGGACACGGUGCAUACCCAUCCAAGGGACCCCGAUGUGUAUCUCACGAGCAUGGGAGCAGCGAUCGUGGUGGCGCGGCUGUCGGACCCGCACGCACAAGAGUUCUUGCGCGGCCACGACGAAGAGAUCACUUCCAUGGCGAUAUCGCGGUCCGGUUUACUUCUAGCGUCGGGGCAAUUGCCGUCAUCCAAGAGAAAUAGUGUAGGCGCCAUGAUCGUCGUGUGGGAGUUGAAUUCGCGGGCAGAAUUGUAUCAACUUCAAGGGUUUCAUUGCAAGAUCAUGAAGAUGGCGUUUUCACCCGACGACCAUUUCCUCGUGGCCUCUGGCGCCGACGGCCGCGUCAUUCUCUGGGACAUGCGGACGUCCGAGGUAAUAUUGACCAAGUCGUUUCCAUCGCCUGUGGCCAUCCUUAACUGGGGUCGCGUCGAAGAGAAAAGUCGCCGACCAAAGUACACAUUGACGUUUGCGUGCACGAGUCAGCUGGUUGUGAACGACCUCUCGUACGACAUUGCAUGCAUGCAGUACAAGCUCGAGAGCUUCCCCUGCUCCAUGCCAUCCACGGGCCUCGUCCGCGAUUACCUCUCUGCGACCAUGACCCAAAGCAAGGACAUGCUUCUCGCAGGCACCAUCGCCGGCGAGUUGGUCGUGUUCAACACGGACGCACGGGUGUUUAAGAGUACGAUUCCGAUCUCAACCAACGGCGUCCACAGCGUUGUGUGUGACGCCACGUCCGGCUUCAUCUACGUCGGGGCAGGAGACGGCGUCCUGAAGAAGCUAGUCGGUGCCCAAGUCGACUGGAACCUCGUCGGCCAUGUCCAGCUGCUCGGGGGCAUUGUCGGUCUCGCCGUGUCCUGCGACGGCUCGACCCUUGUCGCGGGCACCACCGCAGGAAAGUUGUACCAAGUGUCUACCGUAGACCUGCGUGUUCGCGAAGUCGCAACGAGCCAUCUCGCGCCGGUCACGUCGGUCGCGUUCGGAGGUGGCCACAGCGAUUCGUUCGUGAGCCUUGCCAAGGACGGAAGCAUGAAGGUAUGGGACCUCUCCACGUACACUGUGCGGUGCAUGGCGGCAGAUAACGCCGCUGGGCGCAGCGUCUGCUACGCACCAUCUCCACUGCAACCUGGCGCGACAUGGAUCGUCACCGGAUGGAGUGACGGAUGGCUUCGAUGUUACGACGCCACAACAGGGGCUAAAAUGUGGCACAUUUCCGGUGCCCACCGUGGCGAUGUGACGUCGGUUGCAGCGACGGGCAAGAUUGUGGUCAGCGGUGCGAGCGACGGCGGGGUGAACGUGUGGUCAUUGACGACGAGAGAGCUGCUCUUGCAGUUCCACGAGCACAAGCGCGGCGUCACGCAAGUGCUGGUGGACGUGACCAAGCCGCAUUGGGUGCAUUCGUGUGGGCUGGACCGCGCGCUAUUCAUCUACGACCUCAAAGCCGAGCGCAGAGUCGUCGUGCACCAGGUUCGAGAAGGUGCGUUCCACACCAUGAGCCAGCGACUGGAUAGCGAGAACGAGAUCGUGACGGGCGGCGCGGACGGUCGCAUGUUGUUUUGGGACUGCGACGUGACCGAGCACGUCAAGUUGAUGUCCGACCCGAAUCGCAUGGGCAUUUCGUCACUUCAGGUGUCUCCUUCAGGUACCGGUCGCAUGAUGGCAUUGUCAUGAAGAUGACAAUGGGUUGAUAGGGCGAUAUCUUGCGACGGGCGGGGAAGACUGCCACGUGAAGGUGUUCGACAUCCAACGCGACGUGUUGUUGGCGUGUGCGCUCGGACACUCGGGCGGCAUUCAGCAAGUCACAUGGAGUCCAGACGAGCGGCAGCUCGUGUCGGUUGGCGACGACUGCUGCAUCUGCAUAUGGAACUUCUUUGAAGAAGUCGAGUGAUAAAUAAGUCCAACCUUCUUGUUUGUACUACGUCAGCGAUGCGGGUGAACUGUUCACUGCGACCGUCGAUUCGC